GCGAUGGAGGAGGAAAUACGGUGUCCCGUGUGUGCGAAUAUCUUCACAGAGCCCGUGCUUUUGCCGUGCUUACACGCUUUGUGUCUGAAAUGUGCAUGUAGUCUUCAGCGAAGUGUCCAGGCCCUUCUUGCUGAGCCCGUAGGAGGCCAGCAGGCCGGGCCGCCUGGCCACGACCCCGAUCCGCCUGACGGAGGCGCUGACAGUGACAAAGCCUCGGUGUACAGUGAGACCGACAGCGGUGUGGUCGUGGCAUCCCGACCCACGUCCUACGUGAGUAGUCCGGAAACCACCGUCAACAAUGAGGGCGGCGACGGCCAGCCCGCCGCAGGACAGCAGCAGGGCGUGCGGUGCCCCGUGUGCCACAAGGUGUCCGCGCUGGGCCCAGGGGCGGCCGCCGACCUGCCCCGCUACACUGCCAUGUCUCGCAUCAUCGCCCGCCAGCGAGGAGACCCUUCCCUGGGGGAGGCGUCCGCCAGCACCUCCGCGCCCACAGGAACCCCCGCGACUCUGCCGCCCUGCCAGCUCUGCGAAGGGCCUCCGCGCGCGGCCACCACGGAGUGCCAGCAGUGCCAGGUGCUGUACUGUGGCCCUUGCCUGACCUCUUGCCACCCUCCCCGGGGGCCCCUCGCCACGCACACCCUGGGCUCCGUCGCGCCCCUGGGAGGCUCUAUCCCAGGGGCAGGGGAGGUCUGUGCCGCCCACGGGGAGCGGCCCUCCCUCUACUGUUUAGUUUGUCGGUGGUCAGGCUGUAGGGAGUGCGGCCCGGGCCACUCGCAGCACGAUCUUCAGCCGCUGGACAAUCUUGCUAAAACACACAAGGCCGAGUUGUCGGAGUCCUUACAGCAGCUUUCGGGGAGAGCGAAGUCCGCCCACUCGCACAUCACCAACCUCAAGACCUUUCAAGACAGAGUCAAUGCUCACUGCGACGCUCUGGCGGCGGAGGUGGAGCGCCAGUGCGCGGAGCUGAUGGAGGCCGUGAGCGCAGCCAGAACCCGCCUCCUUGCACAGCUUGCAGCGGAGAGAGAAUCUGCAACCAAAGUUUAUAGCAGCGGUAAGGUCAUCAACUCGACCUUUUGUCCCCCGCAGAGACCAGGCUGCCGGCUGCACGCGGCGUCUGCACCAAACAACGGCUCUGGUCCAGUUUUGCAUCGAAGGAGCCCCGACCCCCGCCGCCUUCAUGCAGCGUUCGAAUCCCCUUUGGACUUUAUUCCGGGCCUUCUGCUGUUUUUGAAUCCCCUGUAG